AUGCAAGGUCAUCGAAAAUACCUCACCACUAGCACCCCAUCAUCCAUCAAAGGCAUUGAGGUCCGCACGAAGAGAGUUAAAGAGUUCACUGGGGCGCUGGUGGAGCGCUAUAAGGCCACGCCCGAGGCCCUCCGGUCCGAGCGCAUGAAGACAGCACUCAUGGAGUUUGGAUACUCGCGAGAUCCGGGUGACCGGUUACAACAGCACUUUAGACACAGAAGCUCGAACUACCUCUUCAACUUGACGCGCGCCGUCAACAUGGUGAUCUGGCCAGGCAGAUUCGGCCUGGCGCAAUUUGUCGUACUGCCGCUUUUUGAGUCGGAGAUGGCCGCCCUCGCCGAGAUUAUCCUUGUUCGAUGCGGCCAGGGAUACGCCGCUGGUGGCAACGGCUUCACUGUCCAUCCUGCCGGCCAGAGCGUCACGAGCGCGUACGAGAUCUCUGAGGACAAGUGGGAGGAGUACGCGAGCCAUGCACUCGCCCACAGCCCCCUGCAACGCAACUACGAUGAGCUGUCUGUUCGGAACAGGGCGAUCAUCGCAAAGUGCCAGGAAGAAUCUCGCCAGCUCGCUGCGCGGCAUGCAGCUCUAGACGAGGAGAUCAGGAUGCUCACUGAGAUCGAGGAGCUCCAGAGACGGAAAAGGGAUCUCGAAGGGGCCAAGAGCGAAGCAGAGCAGGCCGCCCUCCUCGACCAGUAUAGCGAGCAGGAUCGUGACGAAGUGCUGCAGCUGCUGGCGGAGUUUAUCUACGAAGUCAUGAUUCUCAAGGACAACCACAGGCGGACGCAGUGGAUCAUGGAGAGACUUGAGAUUGACGCGGAGGAGGGAGGCGAGCCAGGAACCUUGGCUCCGGAGGCGCAGGACGAGUAG